AAGUCAAUUUCUCCAUCCACCAAAAAACGUAUUGGAUCCGGGUUACUGACUUCCUCGAGAUUACCUUCUGCUAUUUCUUCUAUAACAACUCUCGAGGAUUGCCCAAACUGUGAAAGGCAACGAACACUUUCUCACUAAAAUCGGCAAAUUUUGAGCUGAGCACCACCUGUUCCUUGAAACAAAACAUAGAUGAGGAUAGUGUAAAAGAUUUUCAAACAGUCGGGCUGCUUUUGCUCCGCAGGAGUGUCUAGAGACAAUUGCAAAUCGUCUGUUCGUGCUAAUUUCUCAUGGCUGCAAAUUCUAGCGAUUGUACGGAUAAAGAGCAGCCAAAGCUGAAACUCUAUUCUUACUGGCGGAGUUCGUGUUCUUGGCGCGCUCGCAUCGCACUGAACUUGAAAGGAUUGAGUUACGAGUAUAAAGCAGUAAACCUGUUGAAAGGAGAGCAGUUCAGUCCUGAAUUUUCAAAGCUAAAUCCUAUUAACUAUGUGCCUGUCCUGGUUGAUGAAGACAUAGUUAUUGCUGACUCAUUUGCCAUUCUAAUGUAUUUGGAUGAAAAAUAUCCUCAGCAUCCAUUGUUGCCUUGCGAUCUUCAGAAAAAGGCCAUCAAUUUCCAGGCUGCAAACAUUGUUUCCUCGAGCAUACAGCCACUUCAGAAUUUGCUUGUCCUGAACUACAUUGAAGAAAAACUUGGUUCUGAUGAAAAAAUUGCUUGGGCUCAAAAUCAAAUUGGAAGGGGCUUUUCUGCCCUUGAGAAGUUGUUAGAAGGAAUUUCUGGAAGAUAUGCCACAGGAGAUGAAAUCUAUCUGGCGGAUGUAUUUCUGGCACCCCAGAUUCAUGCUGCAAUCACUCGGUUUAAACUUGACAUGACUUCGUUCCCACUUUUAUCCAGGCUUCACGAAUCAUACAGUGAGAUACCAGCUUUCCAAGCUGCUAUGCCAGAAAAGCAGCCAGAUGGCCCGGAUUACAUGAAAACAUAGAUUUUUCCUAUUUAAAAAAGCCUGUUGGCACAUUACAUUAUGUUAUUGUAAUAAGAGUUCUUUUUAUUAUUAUUAUUAUGACAGAUAGGUUUAUACUUGAAUCCUUUGUUCCGCUGUGAUAAGGUUUUGGGGAUUGUUGUACACGAAUGGACCUGGCUGUAAGUGUGUAACCUGCAGAGUGAAAAAAAAUCUAGGGUAAAUUGUUGAAACAAGUUUCUAACACUGUUGCAUUUACACCCCUUCCAUUAGAAUCCACUAAAAGAAGGGGCAAAAUGAUUAAAAUACCCUAUCACCCUUACGUUU